AUGACCGCCAGCAAGAAGACAACCGCCGCCGCCGCCACCACCGCCACGACGAGCACGACAACCCUCAUCGUCGGCCUCUCGGGCUGCUCCUGCAGCGGCAAGUCGACGCUCGCGCGCCUCCUCCGCGACGUCUUCCCCGGGUGUCUCGUCGUCCACGAGGAUGACUUUUACAAGCCGGCGUCACAGUUGCCGCGCAAGAAUGGCUUCGUCGACUGGGACUGCGCCGAGGCGAUUGAUGUGCCGGCCCUGGCGGACGCAUUGUCGUACGUCCGCGAGCAUGCAUCUCUACCUCCCGACCUGACCACCCGGCACGGCCGGCAAGACCAGGAAUUCAUCAACGGAUGCUCCAUCCACCCAUCGGUCAUCUCCGAGCUCCAGCACACGGUCCGCUCCUCCCUCCCACCCCCCACGAUGACGACGACGCCCUCCCCUCCUCCACGCGUCUGCAUCGUCGAGGGCUUCCUCCUCUACGGCCCGCUCAUGACCGCCCUCGAGCCCCUCCUCGACGUCAAGUGCUUCGUGCGGGCGUCGCGCGCGAGGGUCACCGCCCGCCGCCGCGACCGCGACGCCUACAUGUGCGCGCGCUGGGAGGGCUUCUGGCCGGACCCGCCGGGCUACGUCGACGAGGUGGUCUGGCCCAACUACGUGAGGGCGCACGCGUGGAUGUUUGAGGCUGGGGACGUCGAGGGCAGGUUCCUGGGGGAGGAGCGGCUGCGGCGGAGGGAGUGCGACGGCGGCGGCGGCGGUGUUGAGGUGAUGCGGGAGGGGGCGGCCGUGGACGCGGACAUGGAGGGGACGCUGCGGUGGUUCUUUGGUGUUGUAUUGAAAGAGCUGCAGAAACGCGCGCCUAGAUGA